UUUCCUACAGAAGCGGAGCGCUGGGGAAAAGCGUAGUGGGGAUGAGCAAGGUUACUACCUGGCAAUAGCCUACGGAUACACAUGGAGCCUCCAUCAUCUCUGCAAGUGUGCGUCUCUCACCAAGUCUAAACUAGUUCAUUAGAGUCUCCAGCAAAUAGUGAAACUACAUAUUUCCUUCUUUCGGAUCUGUUUGUUUCUUUCUGUGCAUUAUUAUAUUUCCUGAUAGGACUGGCAUGAACGUGGAUUUGGACAUUUGAUUAGACACAGCCGGAUUCCUUUUUUUCGUGGAACAGUCUCCUUUCUGCGCUCCGCACACAGAGCAUCAUCAUGGACGUUUUGGCGAAUCACGGUAUUUUUCAGGAACUCCAGCUCGUGCAUGACACCGGCUACUUCUCUGCGAUGCCUUCGCUGGAGGAGAACUGGCAGCAGACAUGUCUGGAGUUGGAGCGUUAUCUACAGACGGAGCCCAAGAGGCUGUCGGACCUCUUUGACGAGGAGCUUGACUGCCUGCUCACCCCGGCCUACCUGAAGGAGGACAGUGAAGAGGACCUACUAGACCCCCUCCUCCCCAGCCUCCCGGACCCCCCCAGCCCUCCUCUACCGCCCCUGCUCUGCCCCUCUCGGAAGCACCUCUCUGGGGCCUUGAAGUCUGCCAAACUUAGAGACGGGAUGGGGUUAGGGUCUGGAGGGGGAGGGGUACACCCAGCCCAGUUGAGCGCCGUCACCUCCCUGACGCCUCCCUCGUCCCCGGAGCUGGGACGCCACCUGGUCAAGCCCGACCCCCACCAGACUCUGACGGCGUCCGCGGACGGCACGCUCACUCUCAAACUGGUGGCGAGGAAGGUGGGGCUGAGCGCCGCCGUGUUGGCGGCUACAAACGCGCCACCCCUGCCCACAAGGCGUGACACCACAGGCGGGCACAGCGACGGCGAGCAGGGGGGCACGUGUGUGAUGGGCGUGGGGGGUAUCUCUGAGAACAAGAAGAGGGUCCACCGCUGCCAGUUUAACGGCUGCAGGAAGGUCUACACCAAGAGCUCCCAUCUCAAGGCACACCAGAGGACACACACAGGUGAGAAGCCCUACAAGUGCUCAUGGGAGGGCUGUGAGUGGCGGUUCGCCCGGAGCGAUGAGCUGACGAGACACUACCGCAAACACACGGGCGCAAAGCCUUUUAAGUGUGACCACUGUGACAGAUGUUUCUCACGAUCGGACCACUUGGCACUACACAUGAAAAGGCAUAUCUGAGGAGGUGGAGGGAGAAGAGGGAGAGGAGGAGAGCGAGAAGAGGAGAGGUGAAGAUGGAGGUGAACAUCACUCCUGUCUCUGUUGUGUUGAAAAGGGUACUGAGGAGAGAGAGUUCAAUCAAAAGCUUGGUUACAUCAGAACAAGGAUCGGAUCAGCCUUGGGAGAAAUGGGAGAGCAAGACAAAAAGACAGUGUCUGUGGGGCUGCAUUGGGCACGUAAUCAUGGCGUUUGUGUACAGACAGACAGACAAACAGACAGUCUGGUCUAAUGUUGUUCCCAAAGCAGCUCUGCCUCACCCGAGUCCUGGAAAUCUGAUACUGCCAGAUUGGGAUUCUGCAUGGAGACAGUAACACAAUACCAACUGACGCUUGUGUCGUAUAAAGAGUAAAAGAGUUGUCGUCCCAUUUUCCGUUGCUCUUUCAAAGGUUAUCUUAAGAGUUUGGACAACUGCAAACAACCACAGGACAAGGCUACUUUGCAAAGCCAACCCAGUCAAACUCCUCUUGUAAGGAGUCAAAGGUCAACCGGAAGACAUUGACCCAGUCCCUGGUCAGACAACUGAUGAUCAUAUUGAACUAUAAUAUUCAUACUCCUAUUCUCCAGAUGCACUCUUCUCUGUCUCCUCUCUGCCUCCUCUCUGUCUCCUCUCUGCCUCCUCUCUGUCUCCUCUCUGCCUCCUCUUUGUUUCCACUGUGUCUCCUCUCUGUUUCCUCUCUGCCUCAUCUGUUUCCUCUCUGCCUCCUCUGUCUCCUCUCUGCCUCCUCUCUGUCUCCUCUCUGCCUCCUCUUUGUUUCCACUCUGUUUCCUGCCUGUCUCCUCUCUGUUUCCUCUCUGCCUCCUCUCUGAGUUCCCCUCCACAGCUGCGCAGUGACACUUUUGAAACUUUUGUAAAGAAAUGUAAUUUGUAAACCCUUCGGUCUUGAACUGGAAAGUCUUGAAACUCACCAAACGUUGGCUUGGACACAUACUGUUCUAGUGUGGACUGCCAUAUGCACAAGCGAAAGACAAGUAGCAAAACAGCUACCGAAGCACAGACUGCAAAGGAUAUCGUAAAUGAUGUGUACAGGUUUCUUAAUUUAUUUUCUAAAAUCUCUUCCCUUUCCCUAUAUGUUUUGCUGAGAACAAUUCAUUUCGGAGCAGAUCCUGAACAGCAACUCGCCAUCAAAGUACCAAGCCUAUGAAUUCUUCAACAUACUUGAAAUGAUACAUUGGUCUAUGGGAGUACUUGGCCAACCCCCCUACAGAACUACAGAGUGCAACUACCAGACAAAAGACAAAACUAGAGCCAGAGUCAAAAGCAUACAGACAGAGACUUUGUCGGCCCCUCGCAUUUCUAACAGAAUUCUGCUCAUGUCUACAGUUCAUUUCAAUAGGCUGAGAUGCUCCUACUCAAGGUGGGAUGUGGGAAAUGUAUUUUAUGUUGAGGGAGGAUUCUUCUUGUUACGGUUCAAGGUUUUUGGGCGGGUGAGUGAGUUAUUGUGAAUGUACUGUUGUCUGUCUGUGCAUGGCAUUAGCACCCAGAAAGGACUUGGUCAGUGGGAUUGUUGUGCAGUCAUAUAGGUGGUACUGGGAAGCACAAGCCAGGCAGUGUGAUUCACUUUCAUCGGUAGUCUUCUCUUCACCAUUAUCUUCACCGUCGUCUUUCCUCACCCUGAAUUGUGUAAGAAUUGGCAGGUGCAGAAACGCACACAUCACUUGGCGAGAAGACGGACAAACAUUUGCUCGCUGUUGACAUUUUCUUGCUAGCCUCUUGCCAAUUGCCAUCUAGACAUCUGCUCCGUUAGCUGUUAGCAUCAUCCAGCGCUAGCCCCUCAGAGCUGCCCACUGAAUUGGCUGACAUUGGCCAAUGGGAGGGCACGUUGACAGCAGGGUCAUCGAGGUAAUGAGGAGUAAAUUCUGCUCCCUCAGAGGUGCUGGUCAGCGCCGGUCAGCCCUCUAACGGGACUCAAUGGAGUGAGACUUCCCAACUGCUCUAUUUCUCUCUCUCUCUCUCUCUCUCUCUCCCUCUCUAUUUCUCUCUCUAGCUCUCUCCCUCUAUUUCUCUCUCCCCCUCUCUCUAUUUCUCUCUCCCCCCCCUCUGUGUGACCUUACUACUGAGAGGUCACAUACAUUGCCCCACUGACCGACACGGCCCAAUUCCCAGCCCCGGCAUUAGUUUGCUAGAAAGUGUCAGCCUCCUGUCCUGCUACUCGCAAAUACCAAGGAAUACAAACUCCAGGGUCAUGUUCAGUAGGGAGGAAAUUAAUCAGAGUGAAACAAGCGACCACCUGAACGAACCGCAUGGACGUUUUAAAACCUUUUGCUACAGUGGUCCUGGAGGAACACAACCCAGACCUCCAGGCUUAGCUAGCUUAGCUGUGCACAAACACACGCAAGGAGGUUGAAUGCAUUGCCCACGACAUCUCAAUGAUUUGUAUAAAAGAGACCAAAAGAGGAACCUGGUAAUAAUGUUCUGUGUAUAUCAAACCUUUACCACACUCUCCCUUGAGGCUUACUGUCCAAUAUCCAUGUGUGUGAUUGGUUCCAAUAAACCAGCAUGAAAGACCAAAAAGUGCACAGACAACGGUGGUUGAUCAGAAUCAAAACCCGUUUUAUUGUAGGAAACACAGCAAGAAACAAGCAACAUCAAAGGUUUUAGAGUAGUUGGGACUGUGAUUAAUGUUUCCUCCAUUGGCAGCUCGCUGUGUUCAGACCUUUCAGUAUUCCAGGGUGAAACCGUCAAGACAACAACUUUAACUAAAUGCUCUUAUGUAGGUUUUCUCUGUAAAUGCUAGCUACCAGUUGAUUACUGAGAUGUUGAUUGUGAUAUAAUCUUUUUUUUUAAUCGUACAACAAGAUUCACUGUAUACUUGAACAGAGUUCCCUUUUGGGGCGGUUUAUCCAAAGCGGAGUCAAAAUUAAGCUUCAUUCUGGCCUGCCGAGUGGCGCUGCAGUCUAAGGCGGCGUAACUACAGACCCGGGUUCAUUCCCGGGUUGUGCCACAUCCGGCCGUGGCCAGGAGUCCCAUAGGACGGUGCGCAAUUGGCUCAGCAUCGUCCGGGUUAGGGAGGGUUUGGCCGGGGGAGCUUUUACUUGGCUCAUCGCUCUCUAGCGACUCCUUGUGGCGGGCCGGGUGCCUGCAGGCUGACCCCGGUCUUCCGGGUUCAGCUGGCGGGUGUUAAGGAGCGCUGUUAGGCGGGUCAUGUUUCGGAGGACGCCUGACUCCACUUUUGCCUCCCAAGCCUGUUGGGAAGAUGCAGCGAUGAGACAAGAUUAAAAUUGUAGAGAAAAAGGGAGGUCAAAUUUACAAAAUAAUUAAUCACCUCAUCUCUUCAGUCGGUAUAAUUCAGCGCUACAAUUUGUUACGACAUUUCAAAGUGACAGAAAGACAGGCAUUUUGAUUGUUUUACAGUGGAUACACUGCAUCUUGAUGUACUGUAUGACAUGUGUUUGCUGUGCACUCUGUCAUCAUCUUCAAGCCCACUACCAUGUCAGCUGUCUGACCACCACAUGAACUUUGGAUGUUACGUCCCAAAUUCUUCUCCCUGGAACAUCAUGAUGCACACACCAGUGUUGAUGUAUUUCUUGUUUCCAGUUUCCUGUCAGAGACGCAUCAUGUUUCCUGUUUGUGAUCAGAGACACAUCAGUAAGUUAGUAAAAACAUUCACAGAGAACAACUGAAACAGAGAAAACACUUCACAUUUACUUUGUGUCUGCAGUCUACACCUCAUGUUUACUUGUCUUUGUGCAUCAGAACUUGGUUAUACAACAAUGGCUUUCACUGCUUUGUGUGGGACUAAAUCACUGCUUUGUGUGGGACUAAAUCACUGCUUUGUGUGGGACUAAAUCACUGCUUUGUGUGGGACUAAAUCACUGCUUUGUGUGGGACUAAAUCACUGCUUUGUGUGGGAGUAAAUCACUGCUUUGUGUGGGACUAAAUCACUGCUUUGUGUGGGAGUAAAUUAAAAUGUAUUGUACACCAUCCUUAGUGAAACAGCACUUCAAAAAACGUUCCCUUUUUUCUACCAGCGCCCCCCUCCCAUAUUCCUAACUGGACUUCCUCUCUCCUUUUCUUUGCUGUACAAAGUGUUUUCAAAAUUAUUAUUUGUAUGAUGUUAGUAUGACGGUGUUCUUUAUUAUGGAAAAAGGAAAGAUUUAUUUUUGUUACUGGUUUGUUUCAUAAUUCUUUUUUAAAUUGGUAUUGUAAUAUCUCUAUGCAAGAACUGUUGAGUGAAUCAUUUGUAUUUAAGAAUGUAAUAUGUGUAAUAAAUAGUAGAAUCACACUG